AUGACGUCCAGAUUGCCUCCCGAUCUGCUGCAGCUCUUCACACCGCGGCCGCAGCUCAAACACCUGGAGCCGCUGGACCGCGCACCCGACGACAGACCGCGGCCGCAAAUAACAGGGUUGGGCGCGUACAUGUCGGAGCUGCAGCACGCGCCAAAGUUCGAGUAUGUGGAGACCCCACAGGAGCGCAAGCAGCGGCGGAAGAAGGAGCGGGCGACCCAGGCACGCGAGACGAUAGCGCGCGAGAGCAUCCGAUGGAACCCGCACCUGAAUGUGCAUGCGACCGAUGACCCGUACAAGACCAUAAUAGUAGCGCGCCUGAACUACGACACUACCGAGGAUGACCUGCGCAAGGAGUUCGAGCCGUACGGCGAAAUUGUGUCAGUGCGUAUGGUGAACGACACCGAGGGCAAUUUCCGCGGCUACGCCUUCAUUGAGUACAAGCAUGAGGCUGAUAUGCGCGAGGCUUUCAAUGCUGCCGACGGCAUGCGCAUCCUGGGCCGUCGCAUCGUCGUCGAUGUCGAGCGCGGCCGCACCGUCAAGGGCUGGGCUCCGCGCAGAUUCGGCGGCGGCCUGGGCGGUACACGUGUGGGCGGUAAGGAUACGAACCAGAAGGACCCUGGUCGCUUUGACCCUGCCAUGCCGCCUGAGCCCGAGCGCAAGUACGAGCCCAGAAAUCGGGACCGCCUUGCGCGCACCCGCGACUCGGCCGACCAGUACCGCGGGAGGGCCUACCAGUCGUCCAGGAGCGCUGGGUAUGAGGGACGCGAUCGGGAUAGGAGCCGCGGCAGGGACUAUGAUAGAAGGGAUCGUGGAUAUGAUAGGGACCGCGAGAGAGACCGGAGAAGAGAUAGCGAUAGGGACCGGGACCGUGGAAGGCGCGAGUCGCGGUACCGGAGUCGGUCCCCAGCCUCGCGAUCCUCGCGCCGCGACCGAUCGGGCGACCGUGGGUCAUCGUAUCAUAGCCGUCGCUACUAG